ACUCCUCUCACAUUCCCAGGACUGAUAAACACUCCCUGCUUGGCCGGUCCGGGCUUAGUGACCAUGAUCCUGCAACUGUGGUGGCUGAUUUUGGCUGUGGAAUGCAUCUUUACAUGCAUCUCAGGCCAGUCGUUUCCUCAGAAGAGACGGUGUGCAUUUCAAGUGACUCCUCAGAACAACAAAUACAUAACUGCUGGCAAUGUGAAUGGGUCUGUGCAGCUCUGUGAGGACUCCAAAUGCUGCGUGGGCUAUUUUCUGAUCAUCGAUGGUCACCCAGAGGUUGACCUUCUCGCUUGUGACAUGGCUGAAAAGUCAUGCCCAGAUGCAACCUGCAAGGCAAAAACACACAACAGUCGACUCAUCAAAUGUGUGUGCAACACAGACCUCUGCAACACCAACAUCACAUGGACCACAGAGUCAGAAGAGCCUCGACCCACCUACUCUUAUUCUGUAGGUAACAACAUGAAAGCUGUUGUAAUAAUUCUGACUGGAGUUUUGCUGUGCUUCAUGAUCGUUGCUGCCAAACAAAGGAGCCUAUUUAAAAAGAAAAAGAAGAAUCCACCUCUCCUCGACGAUUACAGUGUCUCACGGCUGUGCUCCUGCCAAACAACAACAACAACCUCUGAGAUUGACGUUGCUGACCUUGAAUUGCAGCAGAUUGUAGGCCAUGGGCAUUUUGCAACUGUUUGGCAGGGGAAAUACCAGGGAUCCAUGGUGGCAGUGAAAGUUUUCCCUGGAGGCUGGAAACAUAAAUUUACUGCAGAGAAGGCGGUCUAUGAGCUCUCACUGAUGAAGCAUGCUGGGAUUGUCCACUUCCUGGGUACUGGCAGGAAACAGGAUGGAGGGAGUUGGCUCAUCGUCCUGCAAUUUGCUGAAUAUGGUUCUCUCCACUCCUAUCUGUCUAAACACACCACCAACUGGAUGAUGUCACUGAAGUUGUGCCGGUCUUUGUCGCAGGGACUUUCCUAUCUCCACUCUGACCUUCACAGACAUGAUGUGCAUAAACCUCCUGUGGCCCACAGAGACUUAAGCAGCUCCAACGUGCUCGUGAGAGCAGAUGGUACCUGUGUGCUGUGUGAUUUCGGAUGCUCAACCAUCCUGUGUUCUUGUUCGGGACGUCGCUGCUGGCAGAGCCAUGCAACAAACAUGAAGGGUCAUGCUCAGUUGGGCACGCUGCGCUACAUGUCCCCUGAGAUCCUGGAGGGCUCUGUAAACCUGAGCAGCAGCUGGUGUCUCAUGCAGGCGGACAUCUACGCUUUGGGACUGCUGCUGUGGGAGAUCUGGAUGCGCUGCUCUGAUUUAUUUGAAGGCGGCAUCGCUCCACAGUAUCUGCUGCCUUACGAGUCUGAGCUGGGAGCCGAUGUGACACUGGACAGCCUCAUCCGAUACGUGUUUCACAUGGACAAGAGACCCUCCAUACCUAAACACUGGGAACUGCUACCACAGGGCUCUGUGCUGCAGGAGCUCCUGACAGACUGUUGGGACGGUGACCCGGACGCCCGACUGACUGCUCACUGUGUUGUGGACAGAUUAGUCUCUCUUCAGUCUUUUUACUCUCCGUGACUUUUUAAGUUGACCUGUUGUAAUCUACAUAUCAAGCAUUUGAACUGUACUCUUUGUGUCUCCGCUUUUUAGUGUUUCAAAAAUAGUGAUUUAUCGAUACAUCGAUUCUGAAUCUUUGAAAUAGUUUUAAUACUCAUUUUCCACAGUAUCCAUACACAUAUACCACCUGCACUUUCUCGCUUUCUCUUGUUAAUGAUUAUUACAGUAAUUCUGCUGCUCUCUGCUACUAACCAAGAAGAGAAAAGCCAUUGCCAUGUCAUAACCUUGAUAUAUUUAUCUUUAACCCUUUGAAACGCCUUCUGCAAGUAUUUAAACCUUUGAACCUUGAGCAAAUUGGUGUGGUUUCUUUCAAAAACAUAAGAAAAAAGGCAAUAAUUAACCUAAUGAGAAAUGUCCCAGAAAUUGCACAAUUGUAACAGAUUUAGAAAAUUAUUUAUGGAAGAAAAAAUAGGGGAAAAAAAUGAAAUCAUUCAUAAGAAGGCAAACAAUGCAGAGAGGGAAAAGAAGAAAACAGCAAAGAUAAUAGCUAGGGGAAAACUAUAUUUAUUAUUGUGAUUAUUACACUUUCAAAUUAUGUAACAGACUUUUAUAAUGUCCUUGUUUGUUUUUAAUGUUCUUUCUUUUUCUUUUACUAAUUUUCUUGUUUUUAAUUUUCUCUUUUUACAAAUUUCCUGUUAAUUUUUUGGGUCAUAUCUUCUUUUGUUGCUCAUUGCCUUCUUCCCUUGUUUUUAAAAGAAACUGUGGUUUCGAAUAUGGUAUUGAAUAUACCGGUAGAUGUUUUUCAAGGUAUUGUGUCAAAGUUUGAAAUCCCAGGAUCGUGACAACACUACCUACUGUUUAGCUUUUCAGUACAUAUAUAUAUUUAUCAGAUUGAACUGUGCAGCUGCCCCUUGUUUAAGUAUGAUUUCUUUUUCUUUUUGACUUGGACAUGUUUCCAUUACACUCUCUCUUUCUACUAAAAACUACAACUGGAUUAAUGAUUUAUAAUCCAGCUACAUAAUAUAAGAUUAAAAAGUGUGUCUAUAAUGGCAUAAUUUGAUUUGAUUUCACGUUAUUGUCAGAAAAAAAAAAGAAAUUUGUCUUUCAUCCCAGGACGUCAACUGUUUGACUUGAAUACACAUAAUUGUUUUUGCAAGAAAAGAAAAUGUUCCUCCUUCACUCUUAGCAGUUGGUUAGUUUGUAUUGUUUGCAUAAUUUUCUUUCUGAUUUUGGUUUUGUAUUUAAAUAAUAUGCUAAUUAUUAAAAAGACAAAGAUACUUCUAGUCAUUUACAGUAUUAUUUUUCACAGCAGACACUCUGACUUGUCAUAGCAAAAAAAACAGCUGGAGCCAUUACUGUUAAUGAUGGCUCUGUUACAUUUAAUACACCAGUGAGCGAGCGUGCACAACAGGCCCUUUUUAAUUGAAAACAUUUUUUUAAAUGUCACAGUAGAAAAAGCGCAAUAAAAUUAAUGAUGGCUGAAUUUCAUUUAACUGCUGACCUCCUGGCACUGUGCAUGUUGACUCACUGUGAUGCUGUCAUGGCUUACAAGUGAGCACAACAAUGAUUAACGUGAUGAGUAAUAGCUGUGCUCCUCCUAUUAAAACGGGCUUUUACCUUGAACCCUGGAGUGAACAUACCUAAACUGAACACAGCUAUCAUUAUUUGUAUUAACUGCACUGCCAAUGUUUCCUUUUCAAGCCAAAUUUUAUAUUUCCAUAUUUUCCAUAAUAAUUGAGAAUUGAAUCUUUCCUUUAUACCUCCAUUUCUCAAACUGUACUGUGGCUUCAACACUUAAAGACACUGCACCUGUGGAUUGUACCGUUGUUUUAAAUUCAUAUCUAAAGGUUUCAUCAUUUUAAUUCUUGAUGGUUGUGCAGACCAGCGUUGUGCUGAGCUGUUUGAUGUUGUUUAUAAAAAGAAGAAAAAUCAAUAAAUAUAC